AUGGCCUUGGUUAACAGGACGUUCCGGGACGCGUCACUGCACCCUGCGCUGUCGCGACGAGAGCUGUUCGUGUACACCGCACCGGUGCAGCGGCUGCGGGUGGACGACCGUCGGCGGCGGUUCCAGGACUUCAAAAAGGCGUUGCGGGAGCCCCGGAGAAAACGGUUGUGCCUGAAAUUCCGAGGCACGAACCGCGCGGACAUCGGCAGGGCGUUCGGUGACUGCGGCGGUUGGCCGCCGUCCAUCGUGUCGCUGCACCUGGACAGCCUAUGCUGGGUGAGCGACUUGUUCCUGGACGCGAUCACCGGUUGCUGCGUCAGCCUAGAGGAGCUGCGACUCGAGAACAUCGGCCGGCUGUGCUUCUCCGACAAGCCCCGGCGGCCUAUGUUAGCUUUGCGCAGCGUGCGCUUCGACCGGGUGGCCGUGUCUGACGCUUGUUUCAACGUGCUCAUGGCGUGCGCCCCGAACGUGAAGGACGUCGGCAUCGACAACUGCCAGACGUACGAUUGGCUGGAUCCUGCGGAAGCAGCUGUGGCCGGAAUUUCCAACGCCGGGCUGUCGGACGCAAACAUUGUCGGCUACCUACAGAGCACCGCGGCCGGCACCGUGGACAGCCUGCGGUUGAAUCAGUGCUGUCACGUGUUUGGUGAGAUACGGCCCCAGGCCCUUCGGCUCAAGUCCCUGCUGUUGAGCCAUGACAAACCAUACCUGAACACUCGCCGGAUGAUCGAUUACGAAAAACUUGAAUCUGCGUUGGCCCUACAGGUGAGCCGCAGGGACCAUCGAUCACUAAAAAUGGCACGCCAUCAAUAA